AUGAAUAGGAAAUUUUUUUUUUUUUAUUUUUAUGUGCAACUUAUUAUUCUUUUUCCCAGAAUUUAAGGACAAACCAACCCUCUCCAUUCCAGAAGCCGAGCAUGUUGGUAAUGCCUCUUCUUACCCAGUAAAGACCUUUAGCGAUCUCAUAACUGACGAGGCUUUAGAUUUGUAUGUACGAGCUCAUAGCUUAAAGGAAACCUCCACCCACUUAGAGAAAGGCAAGAAGCUCAGUAAAAGACUCCUAGCCCAAGUCCGGUCAAGUAAUCUCCCUUCUACUCCUGCUUCCAAAAAAUUACGAAGGGUAGGAGAAGGGAAUCAUGGUACAUCCACAAGCCCUGGAGUGUUAUCAGGUCCUACUCUUGUACCUCUAGGUUUCAGCGGAUUUGGUGGGGUUCCUACUAGUUUCGAAAGUUUUUGUUCAGUAUCAACCAACCAAGCCUUUUCCCACGGGGAAUCGAUUCUCGAUGACGCUAAUGUCGCGAAUGACAGGUUACAUAAAAUGGUAGUAAAAGACGACACUGCCAGAUUGCAGAGUCUGCCAGUAUCUGAGCUUUCAAAGAAAUUUCUUCAUCUAAUCGGCCAGCUUUCCUUAGAGAUGGCUUCCCUCAAGGCUAAAUAUGAAGAUGUUACUUCUACACUUAAAAUAAAAGAAGAUGACUUGACUAAUGCAAAAUUAAACUUUCAAGAUGAGAAAGUGAAACUUACCAAAGAAUACUCUGAUAAGCUGGAAUUUGAGAAGCUAGCUGCCGUGGAUAAUUUUAAAAAUUCUAAUGAAUUCAAGGUGCUCAUAGGCAAGGCUUGCUGUGAUGGUUUUGACCAGUUCAAAGCUCUUGUCGGCAAAGAUCGUCCAGACAUAGACUUUUCUAGGUAUGACGUUCUAAGUGAGAACGAAGAGGAAGAUUGA